CAACGGUAGCAGAACUACCUGCAAACAACACAUUGGUCUGCUUAGCAUUUCCCCUGUUUGAAGACCGAAGAACAAGUUACAUCUCUAUGGGAGAAAUUGGUUGCGGCUAGGAAGUAAAUAAGAAAAGUGGGGAAAAGCGCAGAGAACAUCUACCUCUGGACUUUGUAUUAUUUUAAGUUUACUCAGUUUUAAACAAUUGUCCAACGCAGUUACAGUAACAGUUCGGCAACUUAUUGUUCUGCUCAUGUUGUUGAGGCAGUCUUUGGUUUUGUCUCCAGAAACUAUGCAUACACUUCAAAAAGACACUACUUUUACGAAGAUUUUCGUGGGCGGCUUGCCCUACCACACUACCGAUUCCUCACUGAGGAAAUACUUCGAAGUGUUUGGGGACAUUGAGGAGGCUGUGGUCAUCACGGACAGACAGACCGGAAAGUCGCGGGGAUAUGGCUUUGUGACCAUGACUGAUCGAAGUGCUGCAGAACGGGCUUGCAAAGAUCCCAAUCCUAUCAUUGAUGGAAGAAAGGCCAAUGUAAACCUGGCUUAUCUGGGUGCAAAGCCUAGGAGCCUGCAGACGGGUUUUGCUCUUGGCGUUCAGCAGAUUCAUCCUGCGCUGAUACAUCGACAGUAUGGGCUUACUCAGCCGUUCAUCUAUCCUCAAGCCAUUGUUCAGCCCAGUGUCCUCAUUCCCACCCAGCUAUCCUCGGUCACUUCUCCCUACAUGGACUACAGUACUGCUUAUUCCCAGUAUGCCUCUAGUGCUUAUGAGCAGUACCCUUAUGCAGCCUCGCCAGGCUUUGUGGGCUACAGUUACCCUACCUCGGCUUUGCAACAGCCACUCUCGACUGCAGCAACCUCCACCCAAGCUUUUGUCCAGUACCCGGCCCAGCAGGUGCCAUCUGAUCGCAUGCAGUAGAACAACUGCAGGUCAUGGAGCAAGACCCUGAGGGGAGGGGGUGGGCUUUAUUUAGGAGGAUAAUUUGCUUGAUUGCACUAGUAAAAAUAAUAAAGGACAUUUUUUGCUGAAGAGAGGUGGUGACAGAGGGAUUGCGUUGAACGUUGGCUGCUUAUUUAUUUAUAUAUAUGUGUGUGUUUGUGCAUAUUUAUUCAUAUGUAUAAAUAAAUGAAUUGCAAUCCUCCAGUUUGAGCCAGGUUUUCUAAACUCAGGAGACUCGCUAGAUGAAAAGGCUGACACGUUGAAUGGUUGCAAGCGUUGGUCUAGGCAGGGUAAAGGGGCAUUGGACAGGUAAGCAGCUUCAUCUGAGCCUGGGCUUGAAGGCGUGGGGUUGUGGGGGGGGGGGGGAUUCUCGUGAAUAAGAUGCAUGGUAAAGAUUAGUCUGAUUCAAAAGCUGCUGCCUUCACUUCAAGGAGGCAAAAAGACUUGCAGAAGGUUGGUGGAUCUGGCAAAUAAAGCCCAUUGCUGCAUGUCUGUGAGGUGAUUACGGAAUGCAGGGGGACCGCGAAAGCCAAACUAACCAUCAGGGAUUUUUUUAAUUCUUUAUUUUUGAAGAGGCCUUACAAAACAGUAUCUUGUGACUUGUGUAUUUAUUGCAGGCAUUAUUCACGGAGACUGUGUGAGUAUCACAGGACAAUUUUUCAAAAUGUAUUUGUAGAAAAAAAACUUGUUCACUUUUUUUGUUUUCCUUUCAUGUCUCUCUUCAGGUAAAUUAUUAUUAGAUCAAAGUAGGUUUUCAAAAGUGUCUUGGUGUAUAAGUUCUGGAGCGAAAGAAACGAGAGGAAAGUGACUUUAAGAAGUACACUGUAAGAAUGGAUAUAAAUAUUAAAGAAUUCUUUUUAAAAAAAA